AUGUGGUCUAAAUCGCAGCUUCCACCGGGAGCAUUCUGCUUCCCGACUCCCUGCAACCGCACUUCAUGUUUUGCCCCAGCAUUCUUGUUCUUGAGAGCGCUCCAUUCUAACCUGACGAUAGCUUCAUCGACGCCCGCGGGCCCAGCGAGGCAACCGACGUAUAACACUGUUGGAUCAGUUUACGAUCCGAAGGUUUCAGUCCCCCUCCAAGCACCCGCUCGCCGCUCGCGAGCGCAGCGGCACUUGCAGGAUAUUCAGAUUCCACCCCGGGGGGACUUCGCCGGGUUUUCCGCCUUACUGUCGACGCUGUCUUUAGGUGACCAGGCCCCGCCGUCACCCCCAACGACGGCAUCCAUCCUCCAACAAUACUCGCCGCUGCAACAGAACUACGAUCGAGCCGCUACCCCGGUCCAAGGCGGAGGGUUCGAAAGUACCGCAUCAGGCGGGUACAGCAUGGCAGCCUCCAACAUCAGAUCAGGAAACCUACCAUCACCCUCGGGAUUUAAGACUAGUGGUGGCGCCACCGAUCAGAAUGAACUAACCUCGCGAAUCUCCACGAGGGGGCUUAAGAGCUUGGCGUCCUUCCUCAAUCCCAUGCAAAAGGCCGCCCAGGAUGCAUUGGAAAGAGCUCGCGUCGCGAUCCCCGGACCUAGCCGCCCAGGCACGCCCUCCUCACUCUCGCCUUCGAUUCCUGACUUACCCAAGGACCGAUUUUCCAACAACUAUGGCACCAGGCCGGCUUUGGCAUGGGCACCUGAACCCCUGAAGGCCGGCCCGCCCGGCCAACGAGCAUUCAAACCUACAACAGCGGGCUCUGGGCCAAAGUUAUUCCAUGUUGGAGACACGACUUCAGAAACCUUCUACCCGUCCAAGCGGCCCAGCGGACUUCAUAAUCUCGGUACUGGCACGAUGAGUACACUCGACGGUCAUAAUGAGACGGACACCGAAGGUUAUUCGAUUUCUUUGGCGGGCGACAAGGGACACCACGGUUUCGUGUCACGUCCCGAGUCUCAUCCACUUGGCCUGGUGCCUCGACCAGAGUCGGGUGUGUCUGAGAAGGCUCACAAGUCUCUCGAGGACAACAAGCGGAAAGUGUAUGACACUCUGCCUUCUGACAGGGUGAAGCAGUACUUCCCGAAUGGCUUCCCUUCAAACUAUGACGGAAGGCACAUGCCCAUUGCCGAUGAUUGGGAAACCAAAUACCUUAAGAGGCAAGAACCGUUUGAUGAUUGGUACACCAAAUGCCUUGGUAGACAAGAAACAUUCGACGAAUGGGCCACCAGAGCCUUUGACGCCGGCACAGAGCGUCUAGUUAAGAGCAUGGAACAAGUUGAACGGGACCACAAUUACCCCCGUUUAGGGGACAAUAUUGGCGUGAUUGGUGGAGAGCGCCAGCGAGCCCGUGAGCGCCUCCUUGAACCGGUGGGUGCGGAUGGGAAAGUUCAGCCCCGCAAGCUCACACAGGAGGACAUCGACGAGAUGAGUGAGGCGGAGGCUGCGGAGCCUCUGCUUGAUAUGGCGCUUAGGACGUUGUCGAGCCAUAAGCCGGGCAGGAAGCUGGAUAACCCGACCAACAACUACUGGGCCAACCGCUUCGUGCCGGCGGACGAUGCCUGGAUCGACACCAGCGGGAAUGGCAACAUGAGCUUCUUCGACGAGCCCGAGAAGGUGCGUUUGAGGGAGCAAGAGGGGGCUAGGAAACAUCAGUGGGGUUACUGA